GACGUCUUUGCUUACAUCGCCGUCAAUAAGCGCAUGGGCACAAUCCACUGUCACAUUUAUCAUGUGCCCAAGGGCUCGGGUAAUCGCGCCUAUGCCGCCAUCAAUAACGCCUUUAAGAUGUUGGCCGCUGAUGAGAAGGCCCGCGGUUCAAACCCUUUUGCCGUGACUGAUCCCAAGCGUGAAGCUGCCCCAGACCUCCUCUUUCGGCACCAGAUUCACCGUGCAGACCUCACAGCCAUUCAACAGAUUGGCGCCGGCCAGUUUGGUGCCGUCUACAUUGCGACCCAUCGCAUUCUACAACGCGCCGUCAAACUGCUACGCAAUGCCGCCUCCACGGCCGACAAAGACGAGUUUACUCGCGAGGCUGAGACCAUGCUGGUGCUAGAUCACCCCAACCUCGUCAAGAUGAUUGGCGUGGCCGUGCAGCAGAAACCAUGGCUCUGCGUGCUCGAGUACAUGAAGUACGGCGACCUCAAGUCCUUCCUCUCCACUUGCCGCGAGAAAAAGAUCCCCUUGCGUUAUGGUGAAAUGAUUUAUUUUGGCGAACAGCUGGCGUCAGGGUGUGGCUACCUUGCCUCACAGCGCAUGAUUCACAUGGACCUUGCGGCUCGUAACGCCCUGGUGACCGACAACAACAUUGUCAAAGUGGCCGAUUUUGGUCUGACUCGCCCCAUGGAGCCGGGCGUAGACUACCUCCUGCUGCGGGAGCCGAUGAAGCUAGCCCUCAAGUGGAUGGCCCCUGAAGGCAUGGACAAGAAGUAUUUUUCGGAAAAGUCCGACGUGUGGAGCUUUGGCGUCAUGCUGUGGGAAAUUGCCAGUUAUGGUGCCAACCCCUACAGCCAGAUUAAAACGCAAGAGAUUCAGCUCAAGGUGCGCGAGGGCCUGCGCCUGAGCAAGCCCCCAGGGUGCUCCGAUGAGUUUUACGACGUCAUGAACACAUGCUGGGAGCAAGAUCCAGACAAUCGGCCAAACUUUCGGCUCUUGGAGAUGCGGCUCAGUGGCAUACGUGAAGCCAACCCCACGCCGUCACGGGAUGUCGGUUUGGUCGUGUCAAGU